ACAACAUUGCUUGGAGAUCAAUCAGAGUAUUCAGAUGGUGUUUUUAAAAGGGUUUAAUAUGUAUGUAAUCAAGUGCUUUAUGGGUUUUUUAUGAGCAAAAUCUCACUGUCAGAAUCUAAUCUCUCUCUCUCUCUCUCUCUCUCUCUCUCUCUCUCUGUCUCUCUCUCUGUUUAGGAGUGUACAUCAUUAACGAAGGAGCUGAGUGCAUGCCGGGAGCAGCUUCUGGAGAAAGAGGAGGAAAUCUCAGAGCUUAAAGCAGAAAGGAACAACACCAGGCUCCUCCUGGAGCAUUUGGAGUGCUUGGUGUCGCGUCACGAGCGCUCAUUAAGGAUGACGGUGGUGAAGAGACAGGCUCCUCCACCCUCCGGAGUCUCCAGUGAAGUGGAGGUGCUUAAAGCUCUCAAAUCUCUGUUUGAACACCACAAAGCCCUGGAUGAGAAGGUGAGGGAGCGACUGCGUGUGGCUCUGGAGAGAGUAACAACACUAGAGGGCCAACUGGCGGCCACCAAUCAGGAGCUUGCCAUGGUGCGACAGGGAAGAGAUGGAAAGACAGACGGGAACAAAAUGGACAGCUCAAAACCAGCCUGGAAGAGGCUGCCUAAUGGCUCCAUAGAUGUCCAUGAUGAUUCCACUCGUGCAGUGGAGCUGCAGGAACUGCUAGACAAAGCUAAUAAAGAUCUGUCGGCGAGUCGUGAGCGUUCUAACACAUUGAAUACCCGUGUGGCUGAACUAGAGAGCGAACUUGCCAAUGUGCGCAAGGAGCUGCUGAAGAGCGAGGAGUUCAGCGCCAAACACCAGCGAGACAUCCGAGAGAUGCAUGAAGUGUACCUUAAAAGCUUUUUUUCUUAA